AAUUUAUUCAGUUAUCAUUACGAAGACGUCGUAAUAAUACCUGUGUUUAGUGUCGUGAGACUGUGUGUAGACUAUUAGUGAAGUGUUGUUUUGGCGGUAAAAUAGAAACAUGGUUGAAGAAUCUCAAAUACGCGCCUUCUACACAGGGAAGAACUUCUUCAUAACUGGAGGCACUGGCUUCGUAGGGCUGUGUCUCAUCGAGAAAAUACUCAGAUCCAUACCUGACGUCGGCAAAUUGUAUUUGCUUAUGCGACCUAAAAAGGGCAAAGAGAUUUCGCAACGUGUUGAAGAGUUUCCCAAAAACCCUGUGUUCGAGAAACUAAUUGAAAGCCGAACAACCGAUGUCUUUAAGAAACUGGUGCCAAUAUCCGGAGACGUCGGGGAGGAGAACCUCGGUCUCAGCACUCAGGACCGGCAGACUCUGGUGGACAAUGUUAACGUGGUCGUGCAUUCCGCUGCUACUCUGGACUUUCAGGAAAACCUGAGGCCCACAGUGAAGGUUAACCUGUUGGGAACCAGACAAGUUAUGGAGCUGUGUCGUCAGAUUAAGGAUCUCAAGGUAAUGGUCCACGUCUCAUCGGCAUACGUCAAUUCCUACCUUAAAGAAGCACACGAGAAAGUUUAUGAGACACCGGAGGAUGCCGAGAAGGUUAUAGCCAUGAUUAAUUCCAUGUCUGAUGAAGAAUUGGACAAAGCUGAAGCGAAUCUCCUGAAGACACAUCCAAACACAUACACGUUCACGAAACACCUGGCUGAACACGAGGUGGUAAAAUGUGCUGAUAUAUUCCCGUGCACCAUAGUGAGACCUACCAUGAUCGUGGCCGCGUGGAAGGAGCCCGUUCCGGGCUGGACUUGUUCUAAGGUUGGACCUCAAGGGUUCCUCAUGGGCGCUGCCAAAGGCGUAGUACGCAGACUGCCACUAGCAGCAGAGAAUAUAGCCGAUUAUAUACCUGUGGACGUCGUUGUCAACCAACUCCUAGUGGCCGGGUGGGACGCGGCCAAAACCAGAUCGGGUCUAACAGUGUACCACUGUUCCUCAUCGACCUGCAAGCCCUUCCAGUGGACGAUACUUGAGCCGUCUAUCAACGGAUUAUUGCACAAGUAUCCAUUGAAGAGUGCUGUGUGGUACCCUCACUUGAAAUUCGUGCCGUCUCUCUUCAUGUUCCGUCUGUCCGCCAUCUUUGUUCACUUCCUCCCCGCCAUACUUCUAGACAUGGUGCUCCGAGUGACCGGAGGGAAACCCAUAUUGGUCCGUCUACACAAAAAUGUGUGGAACUCGCUUUCACGUUUAGAAAAGUUCAUAUUUGGAGAGUGGAAAUUUUACAACCCGAACACGCUGGAUCUUGCCAAACAACUCAACGCGACGGACAGUGAACUGUUCUAUAUAGAUAUCAGUUCUAUUAACUGGCUGGCGUUCUUCACAAACUUACAUUUGGGCGUGCGCCGUUAUCUCAACAAUGAGAAUCAGAAAACUAUGGAAGCUGCAAGGGGAAAAGAUACUAUCCUCUUAGUGUUCCACGUGACCUGGCAGUUGCUCAUUCUGGGUGGACUUUGGUAUAUAUUCUCUGGAUUAACAGGACUUAAUAUGACACAAAGCGCUUGGAUUGCUCCCAUCAUAUAUAUAUUAUACAGUUGUUUGUAAUAUAUAAUAUACUACAUUUGCCCACAACUUCGUAUGUGAGUAAAAAUCCGUUUCUCGCGGGAAUUUCAGGAAAUCCCUUCUUAAUGCUCUCCUACACUGUCCUAGGAACCUACACACGAAAUUUCAGCAUUCCACGUUUGUGGGGUGUCUGUCAGUCAGUCACUGAGUAACGGAAGAGUUUAUAUAUAUAUUUAUAUAUAGAUAUAUAGAUUGUAUAAUGUAACAAAAUGGCCUAUGUUUUUAAUUUAUAUAUUUGAUUUAUACAGGGUUUAAUUCCGUGAAAAUAAAGUAGAACAAUUGAUCACAAAAAUUAAAAUAUUAUUUUAGGGGAAAUCUUUAAAAUAUUAUUUACAAUCUUCUGACCUUGUAAUAUACCUAUAUUGAUAAAUACAAAACUGAUUUAAAAAUAAAUAUACUAUGAUUACAAUUUUAGCAACAAAUUAUGUAUGUAUGGGCUGGGUAUAAAACAUACAAGCUUUAGGCUUUACAAUAUAUUUUCUUAGCAUUGAUUAGAUUAAUAAAAUAUAUUCACGUUUUGCACAUCUGAUAUUGCAUCAAAAGAAAGUUAGAAAAAUAUAUACUCUGUCUGUAUGUAGUCUGUCUAGAAAGUGAAGAAUUUAAAUGAGGACGCUAUCUCCUGUCGGCUGGCAACGCUGGGUUAUCAGCCAAUCCUGAUCAUUCUAUUUGGUUUUGCAAUGGCAAAAAUAUGUAGAUCGUCAAAAAUCAGUUACCUUCACUUUCUCGACUGAGUGUGUUUAAUAUUUUACAUACUUAAAGAUCGAUAUGAGGAAUUGUUUAUAUUUUAUAAGGAAAAUUUUCUCGAUAACCUCAAAUAUUAACGAAGUUAUUUAUAACUCGGUUGUAUUUUUAGACUAAAGGAAUAUUUUUUCGGCAGGCGUAUUGUAAAUUUCGAUUAAAUAAUUUCCAAAAAAUUCGAGGCUCCAUCUUGUCUGACGUAAUAUAAGGCGUGUUUGAUUUUAUUUUCUAAAAAGAACCGAGGCUUUUCUAUAAUUGAGUUUGAAUUAUAUCUAAUAAAUUGAGUGCACACCGUUUUUUCUUACGAGUCCUAAUGUGCAAUCAAUUGUUGAAUUUUGUUGAAAAUAUAUCAAAUCUUAGUACAAACUUACACAUUCUAAAGUAAUACAUUUAUUUACAAUGUAAGGGGGAGGGGGUUAAGCAAAAAUCACGAAAUAUCACCAGGGUGUACUAAUAUCAAGUGUGUUUACGUAUUUAUAACACCAAUUUUAUCCUUUAUAAUAAGAAUUAUUUUAAGAAUUGAAAAUGAUAAAAAUAUAAUCACGUGAUUAUUGGACGGCCCCCCAAUUACCUGCCGUAAAAUUAUAAUAAAAAUACAUGGUGAGAUUGAUUUACGCAAGAUUUGUAAGAAGAAACGUAAGUUAAAAAUGACAUUGUUAUAUUUUUUUUAAUGUUUAAUUCUUUAUUUUAAGAAUAAUUAAGGUUUUGGAUGUUACGCGUUAUAGUUAUGCAUUCAGAAGAUACUAUAAGAAUAGUUGGUUUUAUUCUCGUUGUUUUUAGAUUUAUAAUGUCUAAAUCUAAAACUCAAAAUUAGUGCAAAAUUAAAAAAAAAACCGACGGUUUUGUAAAAAAAAAAAAAAACAAAAA